UCAAAACCACAAGGACACCACAACUCAUUAUCGCACCAAUAACAUAACACCUCACAAAUAAUCUUAUAUAUUGACUAAAUUUCUUCCAAGUGCAAAAGAGGAGAGAGAUGGAGUCAAUGAAGAUGAAGCUCAUGGUGGUGUUGAUGGUAGCUAUUGUGGCUUUCUCCGCCGUAGGAAAGGCGGCCGCUCAGAUGUCAGAGGCUCCGGCUCCAAGCCCUACUUCCGAUGCUGCUAUGUUCGUUCCGGCAUUGUUUGCAUCUGUUGCUGCUUUGGCUUCUGGGUUUCUCUUCUAAACCAAUCUCUACAUUUCAUAGAGUUAGGGUUAUUUACUUGUUUUAAUUUGCCAUUACAUCGGUUUAUUUACAUUGCAUGAGUUUUUUUUUGUUAUUGUUUCUUAUAUUUGGACUACUAUAUAUAUUAAGUUAACCUUCGGGUUUUGAUGUAAUUGCAUGAGUGUUUGUGUGAAUACGUUUCAUAUAUAUAUGCAUAUGGGAUAUUGGGAUUCA